CCCAACAAUCUCCCCCUAAACUUGAUAUCAGCAUCAGUGACAUUGUGACCACAAGUUUUCAUAUAGGCAAACAAAUUUGAGAGAGCUCGGAUACAUUAAUCAUUAGAUAGCAUACUUAAUGUUGCUCCCCCUCAGUUCUAGAGAUUAUUCCCCCCAGGUUGUAGUAACCAAUCCCUUAAAAGGUUUAUGAGAGCAGGUAGCUUUGAUGAAAAUUACCCACCAGCAUGUAAAACCAUUCAACUUUGGUAUGCUCCUCACAAUUACCCACCAGCAUGUAAAACCAUUCAACUUUGAUGAAAAUUACCCACCAGCAUGUAAAACCAUUCAGCUUUGGUAUGCUCCUCACAAUUACCCUGAUUACUUCUCCCCCUUAAUUUUGAUCAAAGAGGAUUAGUCGAGU